AUGAAGGAACCAUUGCAGUCUGGCAGCCAGUCCGCCACUCCACACACUGGGCUGACUGCGAUGUCCAAGUUCUUCCAUCGGUUGGCAACCUUCCAGGGUACGGCUUUUAGUGCACUGUUAUGACCCGGCCUGGUACUUGAAAUCACGUGGAACGUAUGCGCGCUCGAUAAUUGUGGACAACACGAAUGGCCACGAGAAAGUGUAUUAGGAACUGCAAGUCAAUCCUAACUGGGAAAGUAACACGUACUUAUAACAUUAUACUGGGGUUCGCCUGCAUUCGGUCCAAUGCACUUCGGGAAGAACAGCCCAGACGAGCUCUGAGUACACACUCUCACAACUUAGAUGCUACAUUUUUACAAUGACAGUAGACUUACACAGCGCCCACCGUUCCCUCCGGUCUCAAGACGGAGUCAAGAAAACCGGAGGCCGCAAGUGGCUGGCGCGGCGAAAAGCCACACCUAGGCGUACCACCACACCCCCUAGUCAGCAACACACAUUGACCAGAAUUGCACGCACAAUAAGAGAAGAGUGGAAGCUGGGAUUUCACGGAGUGGGAAGCCAUAUCAUGGGAGCCAGGGCAGUCUGACUCUCAGUCCUCCAGUCCGCCACUCCACCGCGAGGUCCAAGUUCUCCCGUCGGUUAGCAACCUUUCAGGCCACGGCUUUUAGUGCACCUUGAUAGAUCUAAGCGCGUCAGAUUUUCUAUGGUGCUGAAAAUGAGUUGGGUCGUCGACUUCACUCUCGAUCCCCACUCCUAGGUCACAGCUACUGUCCGAGUCGGUCAGCUGACAGGUGCGGAGAAUUGGCGCGGUGGCUGACAUAGUCUAUUGACCUUGUCUGCGCGUCCUAAAUGCGAGACCUGGCACCGGAAAUGGACGCAGUGGCUGAAAUACAUGCCAAUAAUAGUUUGGUGACCUACGGUCAUAUUCACGGCAAUGUUUACUGGCAACGAUGGGGUGUAGGACCUCCAACUAACUUGAGCUAGCCUGUCGACCGUGUCAUGCAUUGAAUGGUGGUAGAGGAGGUUUUACGGGUGGGGGCAAAACACAGGACGGAGAGCAAGGAGACACAGAAAAUAGAUAAAUUUCUUUCGAAAGUCCUAUCAUACAUUUUCAUUCGGCAAAGAAAAUGAACAUGAUGGUUAGGAAAAGUAGACAAAAAGCAGUUUUCAAAAAAUAACGGACAAUGGAUAAAGCGUCGCUGGUAAGUUUACGUUUAGUCAGGAAGUGGAGGAAAUUCCAGACAAUGGAAACGGUGAAUAAUAAGUGAUGUUUACAGGCAGACUGAAUUUUAGGGUAUAAUUUUGGAGUUAUCAUCUACCUGGGGAGUCCUACAUCUUAUUGUUGCCAUAGAUUCAUAGUGUUAGCCUCUGCUUGUCUUGCCUUUGUCGUGCGCCUUAUCCGAGCACGUCAGCGUCAUUCAAAGUGGUAAGGAACAGUUUGUACAGUAGGUGUGCUAACUCAUUAAAUGUCAUGAGUUAGCAGAAGGAAAUCCCUAUAACGCACAUUCCGCCCAACCUGCGUUCCCCAAAGUCUAACGGCAGUGAAAGAAGGACUGCUCUUGAAAAGGAAGACACAUUUGAGGUUGUAAGUUAAUAUUUACUGACGUAAAAAUGAUUAAUUUUCACUGACAAUGUAUAUUUUAGGCUUAUCCUGUCAGUCCGAGGCAAAGAAAGGUUAAUUAUUUACACUGAUUUUCUUGUAGAUGAACUGCGGGUUAAGUCAGGUGUGAGAUUUCUAUAUGUCGGCUUAACCGCAGGAAACUUUACUAGCACUUACUCCAGCAGCUCAACACUGGAAGGGCUUUUUUAAAAUACGUCAGCUGCGUCUGUCUUGACCUUCCUGGUGGAAGAUCCGAGUUCACUUACCUGUUAUCAAUGGGUAGGAUCUUGCAAAAUUGGGACAUAUGCCGUGGUACGAUUGACUAGCAAGACACGGGAAGUUCCCUCCCUCCCCCCUCCGCAGUACGCGUGGCCUUACGCUAACUUCAAGGAAGGGUACCCGUUACCGUGCCUUAACCCCAAUCGUAAACUUAACUCUAAUCUUAGUCUCAUUGUAAUUUUGCCCUAAGCCGCUUGUACUACGGGAGGGAGUUGCAGUUUUCGUGUCCUAUUGACUGACAAUCUGAUUGACACGGAGACGAUCAGAACUCAGAGUAAAGUGCGCUUCCUAAUCCGCCCUCAGUUUGGACUAGGCAUGUCAUACGAAACCGCACAUUGUCUCAUGGAGAUAUCAAUAUCGGCAGGUCGGAAGGCACACUCUGGGCGCAGUAAACAAAGGUGACCUCCAAAUGACCUUCAACCAAGCCUCCAUUUAGCCGAAUUCCGCGUUUUUGGCUCCCCGCGACAAUGGCGAACGCACAAGAGAGAUAGCUAACUCGCCGGAGGUUCGCGAACGCUGAUUGGCUCAAUUAAUUGGGUCGCAGCACUGCGUAACAACAGAUCUUUUUGCAGAAAGAGUUGAACAGCAUUGGUGUCAGUAUGGCAUAGACACUGAACAAGCAAUGUGGGGGAGUGGUUCAGCAAAAAGAGAAGAUCGUUGUGCCUGCCGAAAGCGGACGAAACGAACAGGUUAUGAGAUGAAGUUGGCAGACUUUUCUUAAGAUACCAUACUAUCAGGGGAAUCGGGUGAAAUGGAUGCGCAUCGCUAGGAUUCCAUGCCUUCGGUGGAUAAGCUUCCUUCGACUUAUACCUUGGCUAAACGUCCGCUCGCCCGUAACGAAUCCAGGUUCUUCCGAGCAGCCAUUGGUCGGGUAGAAGGGCAUCCAGGUAGCUGUACACCGCGCAAUCUCCAGUGUUUUCUGCGUGGAAAAAUCCACGACACUCAGUUCGUCGUCCACACCUAAAGGAGACAAAAAAAGCAUCAUCUUACUCAAAAUCCAACCCAACCAUGACUUUAUCCGGCGGUUUUUACGUCAAAUCCCUACCAACAUCACCCCCGUACUUGCGAGACCUAAUCGGUCAAUUCUCCCUUUGGCCAGUUAAUAUUAUAGGCCGUAUGUUAUUAUCGACAAAGACAAGGGAGACUGGAAUGGCCAUUUCCGGCUUAUUAGCCGUCGUCAGUCAGUUAUACCCACCCCCGAAGUGUGGAACACCCGAAGCUCGUGGCCCAGUGGUUAGAAGCGUGGACUUCUAAUUACCAGGUCGCGAAUUCGAGCCUCGGGUGUUCCGAACUUCGGGGUUGGGUAUGACUGGCCGACGACGGCUAAUAAGUCAGAAAUGGCCAUUCUAGUCUCCCUUGUCUUUGUCGACAAUAACAUACUGCCUAACCAGUGCCGCUGUGCGACUGCUGGAUGGGCUUGAGAGAGAGCCCGUUAGGCACAACGGAACGAGUGAGUUCCGCAAGAACGAUCGGUGAGCGCCCCCUACUACAGUUAAUUUAAUGCAUAAAAUUCGAUUUGGAAUAGUGGUUUGUAUAUCUGUGAACACAGUGAAAAAGCCUUUUGUCACACCACAUCCGGGGACUCGAAACCGAAUUCCUGUGUGCAGAUUUCUGUGUCUUCAAGGAAACAUGUGAGAGCCACAUCCUUGAACUCUAGGCCUAAGCCAGGCAAAGGUCCUUUUUUCUAAAUGCUACUGUGAACGGACGGUCACCAAUAUUUUUCGGCAGUAAGUCUACGUAUCAUAUCUCCGUUUCCCAGAUGAUAUCAAUGUGGCUUUAAGCGCCCAGUUGGUCGCUUCUCGAAAGAAGAAGAAGAAGAUGAUGAUGAUGAUGAUGAUGAUGAUGAUGACGACGAUGAUGAUGACGACGACGACGACGACGACGACGAUGAAAAAUAA